CGAAACAGAGUUCCCCCCUCCCCCCUCUUGUGCGUAUACGUCCGCGUGUGUUAGUGUGUCCUGGGAACCCAUACCGUAUACCAGUCACAGUCCAGUUCUCAACGCCAGUCAGUUGCACCCCAAGCUUCGCAGGGAGCGGAUCAAAAGAGAAGCUCUUCGAAGUUACCCGUAGAAAUAUACAGUGAAAAUUAGUGCGACAGACGUCGUCGUUACGCUGGACCUACGGAGAAGAUAAAGACAGUGGGACAGGGAUUUCGAGCUUGUGCUACGGAGGUCAUUUUCUUCCUUCACUUGGAAUUAUUAUACUCAGUUGCGCUUGAGUGUUGGUGUCGAGCGGACGGACUUGGUCAUGUCUGACAGCAGGAGAUUCGAUGAAGCCUCUGUGGCCAAACGGAGGUCUUUCACUCGCCGUCUGAGGGCGCUGGUUGUCAAAAUCGCAGAGAUGGCAUUGCGAAAGCUGGAGGCGGAUGAGUGCGCAAGCGCGGAGUCGAGUCGCGGACCAGAAGCGACAUCUGUGUUCAGCCCUGUGUGGAAGUUCGAGGAGCAGCAGUACGCGGACGCUCAGGUUAACGCUGAGAAUCAGAAAAACGAGGAGGCGUGGCGUCGCCUGUCAUGGCUGUCGGCGGAGGAACGGGAUAAUGAGCUGAAUGAACUCGCAGUCCAACACGUGUACGACGUGCCGAAAAAGUGCGACGAGUUUUGGACGCAAUACGGAUUCCGGGAUGCGGAAUGGGGGCGGUGUAGCGGGCUUGAGGGGCGGGCUGUGUCGCGUGGGCUCAGGCCGCGCCCACAACAAAGCCCUCCCCGGGCACAACACAUCUACUCCCUGUGAUAAUUCCGUGCGGAAUAUUAUUGUUUGUCUUCCUGUGUGUGUUUUCCUGUUUUUUAUAUUUUGAUUAUUCGUAAGUGCCUGUGAGAACGAUCUGGGAACGUGUGCGGGAAAAGAAAUUGCCAUGAAUGGCUGUUCAAAAA